GGCAUGCUGGGAUUUGUAGUCCUCUGGCGGCUCGGACGCCCCCUCGGAUGAAUGGGGCCGGGACUCACGGCGAACUACAGCUCUUCGGCUUCGAGUGUCGGGUCGCGUCCCGGGAGAAGAGUGAGGAACCGCGGCGGACCCUGCGAAGAGGAGCGCUCCGGGCAGCGGCGAUGUGCGUCGCCGGCUUGCUGGGGGUAGCGGUUUGAUCUAGACGGGCGCUUCCUCUGCGCGCUCGCUGCUCGGGGCCUGCAUCGGCCAUGCGCCCGGUCUUCGCCGUGGGCCUGGUGUUCGCCGGCUGCUGCAGCAACGUGGUCUUCCUGGAGCUGCUGGUCCGGAAGCAUCCAGGAUGUGGGAACAUCGUGACGUUUGCACAAUUCUUAUUUAUUGCUAUAGAAGGAUUUCUCUUUGAAGCCGACUUGGGAAGGAAGCCUCCAGCCAUCCCAAUAAGGUACUACGCCAUCAUGGUGACCAUGUUCUUCACGGUCAGUGUGGUGAACAACUAUGCCCUCAAUCUCAACAUCGCCAUGCCCCUGCACAUGAUCUUCAGAUCCGGUUCUCUAAUUGCUAGCAUGAUUCUGGGAAUUAUCAUUUUGAAGAAAAGAUACAGCAUAUUCAAGUACACCUCCAUUGCACUGGUGUCCACAGGGAUAUUUAUCUGCACCUUCAUGUCAGCAAAGCAAGUGACUUCCCAGUCCACCUUGAGUGAGAACGAUGGGUUCCAGGCAUUUGCAUGGUGGUUACUAGGUAUUGGGGCAUUGACUUUUGCUCUGCUGAUGUCAGCAAGGAUGGGUAUAUUCCAAGAGACACUAUACAAACAAUUUGGGAAACACUCCAAGGAGGCUUUAUUUUACAAUCACGCCCUUCCACUUCCUGGUUUUAUCUUCUUGGCUUCUGAUAUUUAUGACCAUGCAGUUCUGUUCAACAAGUCUGCGUUAUAUCAAGUUCCGGUCAUCGGUGUGACGAUGCCCAUCAUGUGGUUCUACCUCCUCAUGAAUGUCAUCACUCAGUACGUGUGCAUCCGGGGUGUGUUCAUCCUCACAACAGAAUGUGCCUCCCUCACCGUCACGCUGGUUGUGACUUUGCGCAAGUUUGUGAGCCUCAUGAUUUCCAUCUGGUACUUCCAGAAUCCCUUCACGCCGUGGCACUGGCUGGGCACCUCAUUUGUCUUCUGCGGGACCUUACUCUACACAGAAGUGUGGAACAACUUGGGGACCCCAAAAAGUAAGCCACAGAAGGAUGACAAGAAGAACUGAGCUCCGCCUGCCAGACAGACCAGUGCUGGUGGUCCGGGAGGCCUGUGCUGCUGGCCCGGCCACCCUGUCACUUUGGUUAUGUGGAAUUACUCCCAGUAUCGAAGCACACGUGCUCCAGAGGAAUUCAGAGGUAGGGGGCAUCUCAGAAGGAGAGGCCAUAAGAUGACCUCUUGUGGCCAUCCGCACAUUUGUAGACUGAGUAGACACCCUUCAGUCCUGAAGUAGGAAAAAACACACACACAACUAGUUCUACACUAUCAGACAGCUUUCACCUUUGCUUUUCUGUUUCAUUUACCAGAAGAUUUAGAGCUAUGUUUGUUGGUUCAAUACCAAGUCCCGGGACUUCUACUUUUCUAUCUGUGGCCUCAGAGAAGUUGAUGCCUUUUGUUACUGCCCUGGUGAUUUUCCGCUGUGAUGGUCAUGACCGUCCUUGGGUGCAUCCCAUUUCCUCCUGUCCCCCUCCACUCCUCAGCAGCACUUUGCAGACCACCACCAGCCGCUGAGGAACCAGCUGGUCAAGUGAACCAAGACCCCAGC